AUGGUUGUUCCCUCGCUGAGCGCGCCGUGCAAAUGGAAGAGAAACCUAAACUGGCCUUACAUUGUUAUGUUCUUAAUCACUUCUCUCAGUUUCCUCUUUUACUUGGCCUGGCCAGUUCUUAUGAACCACUCAAAAGAGGAGGAGAAAGACCUGGCACAGAAUAACAUCGCCUUUGUCAUGCAGCUGAAGGAACCAAAUGAUAGUUCAGCAAUUCGUAUCGUUUUCCGACUCAAACAAUGUCUAGCUUCCAUUUGUCAACACUCGAGCAUCAAUCUCACAAUCCACAUCUUUGCUAAUUCUGUAGGCAAAGACGAGUCUUUGAAAGUUCUCGAGGAAAUAGCCGAUUAUUGCAUCAAUGGUUAUUACAUGAGGGUAAAAUUCUACGAUGUUAAGAAGCCAGUGAAAAACAUUCUACCAUCUGUAAACUUGAUUAAGGACGCCAUUGCCAUAGGAGGUCGCUUUAAUCCAAGGCUUCCUCUCUUUUAUCUUCCCAUUUUCAUGGAUUACAUUCUGCCUGAAGAUGUGACGAGAGUUAUUUUAUUGGACGCUGACUUCUUUUUCAACACGGAUAUCAAGCAGCUGUUUGAUCACUUUGACAACUUCAACGAAAAAACUCUGUUUGGUAUGGCUUAUGUGCAACAACCCAACUACAAAUCGUUCUUUGCGAAUUACAGAGAAGAACAUCCGGGAACGAAGAUUGGCGCGCCGCCGCCCGAUGGCGUCAGGGGAUACAAUGGAGGUCUUAUCAUGCUUCACCUGAGUAACAUGCGAAGAUCAGAGCUUUACAAGCAAAUCCUUCUUGACAACGACAUAAAAAGAUUUGGUGCAAAAUACCAAUUCCGAGGACAUCUAGGUGAGCAAGAUUUCUUCGUUUUGUUAGAUGCGGAACAUCAUGAGUUGUUUUAUGUUGUUCCUUGUCAGUGGAACCGUCAGCUAUGUCGCAGUUUUGACACAGAGGACGACUUUGAUGUCUAUCACGAUUGUCCUAAGCCUCAUCACGCGUACCACGGAAACAGCAAGAUUAUAAUGCCCACAUUGGAAGAUCCCAAUCUGUUUGAUCCCGCUGAAAUACAAUGA